GGCGCUACGAGCCCGCCCUAACAACAUGAUGUUAAUAUUAUAUCUUCGUUUUAACCAAACUAAAAUAUAAACAAACAUUUACUGUUUUUAAUACCACUUCUAAGUGUUUUUAGGAAACUUCUAAUAGAUGCGUGUACUUGACUUCACAAGCGAUAUUAAACUUUUGACAAAUCAUGUGACAUGUUUGGAAAAAGAGAGGGAAGCCUUAAGAUGUUCUAUCGGACGUUGAACCCACUCUUAUUAGAAAUAACGUAGUAAAAUUAAUUUCGGUUGGUCAUUACAAAAAAAAUCUAACAAUCGAACUUAUUCUUUCUAGCAAGCCUUUAAGAGAAUCUUUGCUUUUGUAAAUAAGUCAGAGUAAGCCGAUUCGACAAAGCAUCACAAUUCCUGCGAUAUAUUAGAGAGAGAGAUAGUUUUAUCGAUCCACCGUCGCAGUUACAGAGGGGAAACAAUGCCAGCGGUUCUCAUAAAGCAUCGAUAUCUUUUAGGUUGUGAUUUUUCGUUGGUCGUGUAAGGUUAGCGGGGUGGUUAGGGUGUAGUGGUAAUGUGUGAAGAUAAAGAGGAGGUACGUAGCGAGGCGGAGGCGAGCCCUCAGCGACUGUGCUGGUCACGCCGCCCCCCUGCUCCCCUCCCCGACACCAGAGGACUCUGCUGCGCGAAACUCCUCAGGAAGAAUGGGAAACCCAAGAAAGUGCUAAUGUUCCCAGAAGAAGGGUGGGCAAGAAGCGCAUCUUCUUCUUACUGGACGUUGCAGCCCUGUUGGUGGCGUCGAUCGCGUUGCAAGGUAGUCGAAGUCGCAGGCACUAGAAGGCACAGCACCCACGCUCGGAUGGUCGUGAGCGGAGUCAAUGCUGUUUAUAUCGUGGGAACAUUUAAGCAUCUCGGAACCGACGCUGAUUUUAAGUUAUACCUGACAACUAACGUGACCCAGGCCGACUUCAACAUGGGCUACACGAUGACCGGGACAUUAGAACGUGGAAGUCGUUCUGCCAACUCCUUCCAAGUGACACACUUUGCUGUAUUGCGCCGUUGCGACCACGACACGCACCAUUUGAAAAACUCCUAAAUACCGCACUCAAAAUAUGUACUAUUAUAUAUACACAGUUCGUCAAAUUAUAUAGUAGCUAUCCUUAGAAAUUGCAAUUGUGCGACGAGCUUAAAAACUUUGCCAUUAUCGUAAUCUCAAAUGAUAAUUUUGAUGCGUCGGCCAUUUAAAUGAAGUUUAAAUAUUAAUAACAUUAGAGACAAAUUUUGAUAGUUAUUCACUAGCAAUCGACAUUACAUUAAAUACCGGGCAAAAGUUGAAGCUAAGCAAUCUAUAACAUACAUUCCCACACAUCAAUUUAGUUCAGUUUCAAUAUGGAACUCUAUAAGUGAAAAGAUAAUUAGAUGAAUCGAAUAGAAGUUAAAUAUUCUAAGAUUUAAGCAAUACAUUUGUUAAGGUGACAUUUUAAAUUCAUGAUGAAAACGUACAAUUGUACUCUCACAAAAUUCAAUUCGAGCUUAAACAAUAUUUAAGAUCAAUUUCAAAAGUCUUCUUGUGAAUUGAAUUGAGUACAAUAGGAGUUUUAUGAAUUCGAACUCAAGUAGCAAUUUGCUGGUCAUUAAUUUUAAGAUUGCUAAGCAAUAUCGUCAUCGCAAAUUCUAAUCAUUUCAACUAACAUUAUCAACUUGAAACGGGAAGGAAUUGUUGGACAGUGGAAAAAGUAAUCAUAAAUUUGUGAAUAUUUAUUGAAAUUAUGGAGAGAAGCUUGUAGAUUUUGUAGUAUAGAUUAUUUAUUUAUUUUUAUAUUCCUUGUAUUAGAAAUUUAGUACUUAGAUAAUCACGUAGGUACUGUAUUUCGAUUUAUGAAUAUUCUAGGUACAUUGUAGAUAUUUGUAGGAACUAUUGCAAUAGUUUUUUUUUUUUUUCGAAAUAUCUUUGGAGAUCACAUUUAGUCAUAUCUUAAUCUUUAAUCCUUAGAGCUAUAACUAUAGAUAGCACUACGGUGUAUACAUUAAACAUAAUGUUCAUUUUAUUCAAAUGGUUAGGCUGAUAUAAUUUCAGUGAUUUAAUUUGUUUUACGGUUCGCUGUGUUUCAGCUUCGAAAGAAUUUAAUAUAAGGUGAACUAAUCAUUUUGAAAUGGAUGUGUGUAGUAGUGUGUAGUAUCCAUCACGCUUCGAUACACAAAAUAAUAAUAUAUUGGAUAGCGCGCCGUGGCCACAUCGAUCGCUGGACGAUGUUCCAUAAACCUCAACCGACGCUACGAAUAUUUUGUUUACGAGUGGCUCUACGAUAAACAUAUAUUUUUAAAUCCCUAAUAAAUAGUUCGGAACCUUUUAUUGCCAUAUUAAAAAAACUUUGCUUUUGUAGUUUUCAAUAUUUCCGCAUGCCUUUUGAUCUCUUUUCAUUCGAAGGAACUGGUCUAUCGAAAAUGUUUAUUCAAUUUUUUUAGACGUAGGUUCUAAGUAUGUAGAAAGCGUUAGGUUAAGACAUUUAAGUGGAAGUAAAUACGUCCAAUAUCGCACUCCCUCCAGUGUUUAUACACAUCAUUUUUUAUAAAAUAUGAUGUAUUUUAUGGCUCCUAUUUGGCUGUAUUUGCCUCUAUAUUAAUAUUUAAACUGUUUCUACGUGUGCUACAUAUACCAGUACCUAUCAAAAAGCUUAGUAGGUUCAGUACUUUUUCGUAAUAUAGAAAGACAUUCUUUCAAAUCAUUGUAUUAGAUUAGAUUCUAUUGACUCGCGUAGUUUUGAUGUUGUUAAAUUUUUUCAAGUAUUCAAUUACUGUUGCCGACUAGUGUUAGAAGUAGUGUGAUUUAAAAUAAAUAAAUCAUUUUUUUUCUCUCUUUUAUCACACACAAACGAAUGAUUGAUUUGUCUUAAGCUAUUGACCUGAAGUAGUAUAGAAUGCGAUUAAAAUUAAAUGUUUUAUCCAUAAAUAGCCGAUGCAAUGGUUAAAUCAAACAAUUAUUGAAUUACCAUCAAUCGCUGAACUAAUAUAAUACAAAUAUUUACCAACAUCCAUAUUAAUGUUCUACAGUUAACAUAAAUAUGUAAAUCAGCCUCUUGAUACAAAUCCCUCUCGGGAAUCUAAACCGUUUCAUAACUCAAGCAGGUAUUGGUAACACGAAAAUGAAAACUCAUGGCUCGACUUACAAAUAUAUCCCUCUCCCUCUCCCUCGCUCUCUCAAUAUUAGUAAGUUAGUAAUUUAAAUGUAACUUACUAAAACUAAAAGUGUAACAUUAGUAGAAUUUCUUAUAAAAAUAAUUUUAGGGACUUUUUAUAAUAAGCUACUUUUUUCUAGUUAUUAGUACAUCAAGAUGGGUAUUUUUGUUUUAACUAUUGAAUCUCGAAUCUUCUGUUGUUACAAUUAUUUCAUAUUCUUCUAUAUGACUUAAUAAUUAUAAAUUCUUAUAACGCAUAUAUCUUCAUAUUUUUCAUAGCUUUCUUAUUAACAACUUUCGUUUUCUAUGUAACAAAAUGAUGGUAUUUUUGUAUUGAAGAAACAUAAAAAUUGGUUGUGUCGUAUUUGUAUCGAUAGGUUGUAUGAAGUUUUAUUUUUGUAUGUAUUGUAAUUAUAUAUUAAAUGCAAAAAUUUUACCAAUUGUAACUAAUUUUUAAUCAUUUUAUAAAGCAAGUGCCAAAAUAAUUUAAGUUAUUUUAAGUUUAGGCUUCAAUAUAUAAUAAUAUUAAAAUACUGUAAAUAAAGAUUAAUUUUAAAAAAUUUAACGUUAUCUUACGGAUGCUGAUGACACAAAUAAAUCAUAAUAAAAUCAC